CAAUUAUCUCAAAUACUACCAAAAAAAAAAUUUAUUAAAAGGCAACUAUUCGAUUUAGAUAGUAGACACACUUAUAGAAAAAUUAUCCCCGUUUAUCAACUAUUCUACAACUCAAUCUCAAAUCAAAAUCAAAAUGAAUCGCCUAUAAAAAUCCCAGAAUAUAUCGAUGGCUCGGAUUUAAUGAUAAUGAAAAGAAUCCUAGAAAAUUACAGAAUUCUGUCCAAUUUAAUCAUAAAAAACUUGGUCAACUUGGAAAAUGAAUUGCUCGAAGCAGCUGCUGAAUUACACGAUAAUAACGCUAUAUCUAUUCUCGCUUUUGAAACUUUACUAGAUAAAAAUUCAAAUAUUGACGAUAAAAAUUCUGCCAAAUCUUUAAUCAAAUCCCUACACAACAUUGACCAUCCUUUAACAAUUAAAAACUUGGGUGAUUUGGCCUUUAAUUUUAAAAAUUACUUAAACGCUGAACAUUAUUACUUGUCUUAUUUAGAUAUCAUCUCAAAAUCAAACCCAAAUAAAAACUUGAAUAAAAUUAACUUAAUCUUUGCUAAUACAUCAAUCACCAAUACUCUUGCUGAAACAUACAAGCAAUUAGGUAUCCUAAAUUUCCAAAAACCAAAUCUCUCACUAGCUAAACAAUAUUUCACUCAGUCGAUAUUAACUUUAAAUACCUACAAUUCAUCAAACUCAAAUUCGAUUCAAUCCCAUUAUUAUCUAGCUCAGAUUUAUUCAAGGACCAAUCCAAAAUUAUCAAGAUAUCAUCUAGAAAUUUCUGCUCAAUCAGCCUUUAAAGAAUCUUUUAAAGAUUUGGGUUUUUUAGAAUUAAAUUACUUCAACAACCCAAUUAAAGCUCUAGAAUGGUUUAAAUUAGGCUAUGACUUAAAUGAUAGUGAUAUUAAUUAUUUAAUUGGAAAAUUUGAUUGUUAUAUUCUAUUAAAUGAUUACACUGAAGCAAGAUCAACUUAUGACUCUUUG